AUGAAAAAUCUAACUGAAUUCAUCCUAUUGGGACUAACAGAUAUCCCAGAACUUCAAACUGUCAUUUUCCUUUUUCUCUUUUUUACAUACUUGUUAAGUAUUUUAGGUAAUCUGACCAUCAUUGUCCUCACAUUACUGGAUUCUCACCUCCAAACUCCCAUGUAUUUCUUCCUUCGUAAUUUCUCCUUCUUGGAAAUUUUCUUUACGUCCACUUUUACUCCUAGAAUACUGUUCAGCAUCUUAACUGGGAAUAAAACUAUCAGCUUUGCUGGAUGCUUCACUCAGUAUUUCUUUGCCAUCUUCUUUGGGGCCACUGAGUUUUACCUUCUGACUGCUAUGUCCUAUGACCGCUAUGUGGCAAUCUGUAAACCACUGUAUUACGCAACCAUCAUGAACCACAAGGCUUGUAUACAGCUGGUGCUCUGGUCUUGGCUAUGUGGAUUCUUGAUCAUCUUGUUUCCAAUCAUCCCAACCACUCAGCUAAAGUUCUGUGCAUCCAAUGUGCUAAAUCAUUAUUAUUGUGACUAUGGACCCCUCAUGGAAAUAUCUUGUUCAGACACAAGUCUACUGGAACUGUUUGACUUUAUUUUAGCAGUUUUGAUCUUAGUGACCACCCUAGUACUGGUUAUUCUUUCCUACACAAACAUAAUCAAAACUAUUCUGAAGAUUCCUUCUGCUCAGAAAAGGAAGAAGGCUUUUUCUACAUGUUCUUCUCACAUGAUUGUCAUUUCCCUCUCUUAUGGAAGCUGCAUCUUCAUGUACAUAAAGCCUUCAGCUAAAGAAGGAGUUGCCUUCAAUAAGGGAGUAGCUGUGCUCAACAACUCAGUUGCCCCUUUACUGAAUCCAUUCAUUUAUACUCUAAGGAACAAACAAGUAAAACAAGCCUUCAAGGAAAUGACUAGGAAAAUGUUGCAUCUGUAUUCAUGUUAG